GCAAAUCAGCGCCCAUUAUCGCAAUUCCAAAGCCAUUAUAGCCUACUUGAAGAUUUUCUACCUGGACGAACAUUUCUAUUGACACAAUGACGGUAGACACAGCGUUAGCAUAUGCGCGGGGUAUUCCGAUAUAAAUACCGGGACGAUUCUAGUUACAUUAAAGUUCUGACGAAUUUAGAGCGUUAAAAGUUUCACGAUGAUGCCCAAAGUUGCGUUUCUCCUCCUCGUCGGCUGCGCAGUCGCCUUUGGUGCUGCUAUCGAGCCCAAAACCGACGUGACCCUCGCUCCCGAGACCGAAGAGAAAAUCAAGGAUGCUCUUGACGAAAUUUUCGAAGAACUCGAUGGUGCCGUCACCGAUAUCUUCAAGGAAAUCGCCGAGCAGAUUGGAAAGAAUAUCGACAAAGAAGAGCUCCAAAAGGACCUCGACGAGAUCAAGGAAGCCAUCGAAGAGGAGCUGAAAAAACAGGGACCCGAAGAGUCCAAGAGGGCCAGACGUGCCACCAGCGAGGAAGAAAUCAAGCAGGUGACCGAGGAAGAAGUCAAGAAGAUCGGCCACGGUCUCAAGGAGCUGUUCAAGCAACUCUUCGAAGAAGUCAGCAAGCAGCUCGCCAACCAGGUUGACAAGGAACAGUUGGAAGAGUUCAAGAACGUUUUGAAGCAUAUCUUCGUGCAAGAUGAGGAAUAAAUGAUUCAACCGCCCCCUCUCUCUAUCAUCAAGCCUAGUUAUAGUUUACGAAUGUACUUCACAGUUCAAUCCGCUUUUUAAUAAAUAUUCGAAACCAGCUAAGAAAA